AUGCUGUCGCUGCACAAAAUAAAAAGAGUAAGCAACGCCCACCGCCUACUACUGACGGAAGAAAGAAACAAGAUUCACGUGGUCAUACAUGAACAUGAAAACUUCUUACCAAAAAAUAACAGCAAAACCUGCAGGAACAAGUACAAAAAUGUAGGCAACCUUCACAGAAUCAUCCACAGUGGGGUAUUGAAAGGGCACAAAAAUGUGUAUUUCUACAAAUGUCUAUUGCGCAUUGCAGAGAAAAGGAGAAAUGAUCUAACAUUACACCAAAUAAAUAUAAUUCUAAAGGCACUCCUACGAGGUAAGAUAUAUAGAUAUGUCUCAUUUCACUCGUUCGAAAUGCCCAUUUUGAACCACCUAAAUUUGUUGAAAGGAUUAAUUAACCAUGUGGAGGAAGGUAGCUUUAGAGGGAGAGGAAAAACGCAGCAGAGCAGGAACGAAUCCAUCAGGAUCAGUCACACUGAUCAGGCCAAAGGGAAGGAAGCCGACAACUAUAAUAAAUUCCUCCUCAACGAGAAAAUACGAAUAUUAGAGAAACAUCAACCGAUUGAGGGAGACCCAUCCAAAGUAAAGGAAAUUAUAUCAGAUCAAUUCGACAUCCUAGUUGAUAUAUUCAAAAGCUACUUAAAAAUUAUGAAUUUCCAUUUUUGCUUUUUUAGCCGAACGAUUUUCUUCUUUAUAGUUAAAAAUUGCCAGUAUCUACCACAUGGGCAAAACUUAAUGUCCAUUUGGGGCAUGUACGUGAAGCGAGUUUUAUCCAUUCGUGGUGGGAUGAAUCCAAAGGAGGGGUGUCCACUCCAAAUAGGAAGAAACCACGAACCAAUCGGUGGAGAUUCCAGUGCGUAUAUUUUUAUCCCCCCCGUUCGUGAACCUAAAUUGGAAGAAUCACGAAUAGUUAACCUGUACAGAUAUAAGUACCAUCAAAACAUUUACGCAAAGACGGUGCGAAAUUAUACCGUUGCUUUUAAAAAUGAGAAAAGGAAGAAAGGAGGAGGAAAAAAAGAACAUCCCUGUAACCCCCUAUUUUGUAAAAACGGAAAUCUCCCUCUUUGCAAAUAUAUGGUUAUGCUCAUUUUGAAACAAGACAAAUUAGCUACCUACUGGAAGAGGCUCAAACAGAAAAAGACACAUUACAAGAAUGCAUAUCUUUCAAAUGGCUAUUUGUACAAAAUGAAGAAUACAAACAUGGUAUUGGAUUUCCAGUCGAAAAAAUAUCUAAUCAAAGUAGGGUUCGUACACAAUCGGGCGUUGCUCCAAGGAGAAGGGCUCCAAAACGAUUUGGCGGCGAAUGGUCACUUUGUACGAUGUGUAUCCAACUGGAUGUCCAAGCUCAAAGUGAGGUGUCGCCUCCUUAGCGCGGGCAUAAAACCGGAUUAA